CGUAAAUCAUACACCAAGCGAAAGAAAAAUCUUUCAUAUAUAUAUAUAUGUAUGUAUGUAUGAGCCAUAUUUGUUGUAUUUGGUAAAAAAGAAAAAACAAAUAAAUGUUGCAUUGAUGAAUGUUUAGGCUGUCAAGGGGGUUAAUGAUUAGUUUAAUUUCUGUAUCAAGUCAUUCCUCUAUUAGCAUCCUCUAUUGAAGGAGGACCACACAUUCCAUAACAACCUUUAUACAUACAAACAUAUCAGUGUAGGAAAAUAUCACUUUCCCCUGAUUUUUCCAGGAAAUUGUAGCUAGCCCAUUUUGUUAGAAACACCAUUUUCCGGGAAAAUUAAUGGAGGAGGGGCAGAUGUUGAUGGAGGGUGAGGUAGGGAGAGAGAGAAUGGAGGAUUCAUCAAAGGAGGGGAGCGAUGUGGUUGGGGAGAUGAUGGAAGUGAUUGAGACCGUUGGAUCGUUUGUGGGAUUUCGGAAGAUGCAGAGGAAGGAAUCUUUCGGUCUUGUGAGGAGGCUGAAGAUGCUGGUGCCUCUUUUGGAAGAGAUUAGGGAGCUAAAUGGGUCCAUUCCCUCCAUGGCAUUGGUUUUUUUAGCUAAUUUGAAGGAAGCACUUGUUUCUGCAAAGAAAUUGUUAAAGCAUUGUAACAAUGGGAGCAAGAUUUAUCUGGCAUAUGAAAGUGAGGUGGUUGUGGGUAGAUUUCAUGCUGUUUAUGACAAAUUGAAUGAGGCUUUGAAGGAUAUUCCUUAUGAAGAGCUUGGGAUCUCAGAAGAAGUGAAAGAGCAAGUUGAGCUAAUGCACAAGCAACUUAAAAGAGCAAAGAGAAGGACAGAAACACAGGAUAUAGAAUUGGCAAUGGAUGUGAUGCUUGUGUUCUCUAAAGACAAUGACAGCGAUUCAGAUAAUGCUGUACUAGAAAGACUCGGAAAAAAGAUGGAUCUAUGUACUAUUGCAGACUUGAAAAUAGAAACAGUGGCGGUUAAAAAACUCGCCAAAGGCAAAAGUGGGCAGAAUGCAGAAAGCAUGCAGAAAAUUAUACAUCUUUUGGGAAAAUUCAAACAGAUUGCGGGGAUGGAGGAAACUAGCGUGCUUGACGAUCCCGUGUCAUCAACAAGUUCAGAGAAGUGUCCCUCUUUGAUUAUCCCCCAUGAAUUCCUCUGUCCAAUUACUCUCGAGAUAAUGACAGAUCCUGUUAUUGUUGCAACUGGACAGACAUAUGAAAGAGAGAGCAUAAAGAAGUGGUUGGAUUCGAAUCAUCAGACCUGCCCAAAGAGUGGACAAACUUUAAAUCACUUGUCACUAGCACCAAACUUUGCCCUGCGCAACCUUAUUCUGCAAUGGUGUGAGAAGAAUAAUUUCAAGCUGCCGAAAAAGGAAAUUGAUAUAAGCUGCGGCUACUCUGCCAAACUCAUAGAGGAAAUAUCUUCAUUGGUCGAAAAUCUGUCUUCAGUUCAGCUGGAUGUGAAGAGAGAGGCCGCUCUGAGGAUCCGUAUGCUCUCCAAAGAAAACCCUGAUAAUAGAAUUUUGAUUGCCAAUUGUGGGGGAAUCUGUCCUCUAGUUCAGCUACUGUUUAAUCCAGAUUCUGAAGUUCAGGAACACACUGUUACAGCUUUACUGAACUUAUCAAUUAACGAAAAAAACAAAAAAACUAUAGCCUUGGAAGGAGCUAUUCCAGCUAUUCUUGAGGUCUUGCAGAAUGGGACAGAGAAGGCUAGAGAGAACUCUGCAGCCGCCUUGUUUAGCCUAUCGAUGCUCGAUGAGAACAAAGUGAUGAUAGGGUGCUUAAAUGGAAUUCCUCCAUUGGUGGUACUCUUAAAGACUGGGACAGUGAGAGGUAAGAAGGAUGCUGCAACUGCACUCUUUAACUUGUGUCUCAACCAAGCCAACAAAUCCCGGGCAAUUAAGGCAGGUAUUAUUCCGCCAUUGCUUCAUUUACUGGAGGAUAAGAACUUGGGGAUGAUUGAUGAAGCUCUCUCAAUUUUAUCAAUCCUUGCAUCGCAUCCUGAAGGGCGGAGUGAAAUUGGAAAACUCUCUUUCAUUAAAACUCUUGUUGAGAUUAUAAGAAAUGGAACCCCCAAGAACAAGGAAUUUGCCACUGCUGUCCUUCUCGAGUUGGGGCUAAACAAUUCUUCUAUGACUUUGGCUGCACUGCAGUAUGGUGUGUAUGAACAUCUGAGUGAGCUUUCAAGAUGUGGAACAAGUAGAGCACAAAGAAAAGCAAAUUCCCUUUUGCAACACAUGAGUAAGUGUGAACACAUCUGAAUCCUACAAAAAUAAUGAGUUCUACUUCUACUUCAAGUGAUGUCGACAAUAACUUAAUAUCUGAGCUCAAUUUAUUUUCUUAAUUAUAGGUAAUUGAAAAUGACAUAGUUUUGAGUGCUUAGGUACUGAUGUUAAUAUUGAUUAAGUUUGUACAUUUACAUGUUCUGAAUAUAUCACUUUAUGGAUGCUUAAGUAGUAUGUGUGUGUGUGUGUAAUUUUGCUCUCUAUACUCUUUUUUAUCUGCAAGGCAA